AAAAAGUACAAGAUUUGUAAUAGAUUGAUGAACUAAUAUAUUAUUAUUAUCGUUAUUAUUAUAAAACCUCUUUAUAAUAGUUAUUACAUACGAAUGCAUUUACGAGUGGAAUCAGCACAACCUUAUACUCUUUUUCCAACAAAAUCCAUGUUUCCACCUCAACCACCACCACCGCCACCUUCCACCAUGGGUUAUCAACCUUUGUUUUAUCCUCAUCAAUAUCAACAACAACAGCAACAGCAACAAUCUGGUUAUUCUUAUUGCAAUAAUAGUGUCAAACGAUCCUCAUCAGCAUUUGAACCAUUGUUUCAUCAUCAGCAAUAUCAUGCACAAAAAUCAUCAUUACCGCCUUCACCUCCAUCAACACCUACGACUCAUAUGGAUAGAAUGCCAACAUUAGCUGAUUUUGCUGCUUCUAUUGUUUACUUGAUGUGGCAUGCAAGAAAACCCUCCUUGAUGGCCAACACUACGAAACCUUCAUCUCCUUAUCGACAUUCUUUUUCUUCAGUCUCUGGGAAUGCUAGCCCCGCUUUCAAGCGAUUUUGUCUUCAAGUAUUGACUGCAACACAAUUAUCGGAAUCGGCGGUUUUCUUGGCUCUCAAAUAUAUCGCCAACUUGUUGGAAUCUAAUCCGUCUAUUGAAGGUGCCGAAGGGUCUGAAUAUCGUUUGUUCAUUGUUGCUUUGAUGUUGGCCAACAAAUUCUUGGAUGAUAAUACUUUUACCAACAAAACAUGGUCCGAAGUCAGUGGGAUGAAGGUACAAGAUCUCAAUAUUAUGGAAGCCGAAUUCUUGGAAGCCUUGGAAUAUAAUCUCUUUGUUCGAGAACAUGAUUAUAUGAACUGGAAAACAACUUUGGAUACUUGUCGUCAACAACAUCAAUAUUUGGCCGUUUCGGAUCACCCUUUUCGACGCCAAGAAUUGAUUCAAUCUACUUUACAAAGCUUGGGACUUUAUAAACCUUUGGAUGAACAACAAAAUAGUCAAGACUUUGUGGAAACAGAUGAUGAUGACGACGAUGACGACGACGAAGUGGAUGAUGAAGAAGAAUUAUUCCAAAUGAUGCAUCAUCAACAUAAUCUUCGUCAACAACAGGAAGAACAACAAAGAGCCAUGUGGUCUGCAGCUGCCUCCGCUACUCGUGUUCAAUUGGAGCAAUCUCAACGACAAUAUCAAUUGUAUCUUAUGCAACAACAAGAACAAUAUCGUCAGUCGAUCACUACGCCUCCACUCUCCUUAUCUUCCUCUUCUACCUCAACUCCUUUUCAACGUCGACAACAACAAACCGAUACCACCUCUUCUACCACCGCAAGACAUCAACAGUCCACUAGUCAUCAUCGAUCUUUACCUUCGUAUAUGCAAACUGGACCAGCUUAUACGUCUUCAUCAUCACAUCAACAUCGUGCGUCGUCAGUCUAUCGGUCAACUUCAAUUCCACCUGGAUUUCAACGCCGCUCAUCACCUUGGGAAUCUAUAAGUGGCAGGUAUUCAACAGGACCUGAUCGAUGUGGUGAAUCAUUCUAUUCUCAUCAACCAUUCCAUCCUUAUCAACGUCAUGUUUCCAUUGCCCCUCCACCAUCUCUUCGUGCUACCCCUACUUGGUGUGAAUGAUUCUCAUACAUUUUGGAUGAUGUUGAUUGUGAUGUUUUUUUUUUAUUCUUAUUAUUAUCUUUAUUGUUAUUAUUAUUAUCCUAUAUACAACAAAAAAAAAUCCUCACCAAAACAACAAAA